AUGUCCUCAGUCUUCUAUGUAGAGGUUGGAGACGCAGAUCUGGAUCCCAACGCAGGAGGCGGUAAUCCUGAAGAGGGUGAGUUUAUCGAGGUGGUCUACUGGCCGGUGGAACGUGCAGACGAUUUGUUGUUCCUCACUGAGACCGGCACACCGGUUUCGGCUACUGUUGUGCUCGCGGUCCUUUGGUUCCAGCGUCAUAUUCUCCCCUCCCUCUGCCUUUCGUCGAAGAGCUGA